CUCUCUAUUUUUGUUUUUCUUGAGUUGUUCUUGCCAUGGCUGCCACCCCAAAGGCUUCGACUCUCUUCUUCUUAUUCUCCUUGCUCUUGUUUCCAUUUUCAUGGAUGGAUGGAGCUCGGGGUGAUCCGAAUUAUCGAGACGCCUUGGCUAAGUCGAUAUUGUUCUUCCAAGGACAGCGCUCCGGAAGGAUCCCUGCUGGCCUACAGAUUUCUUGGAGGUCGAACUCUGGCCUCUAUGAUGGCGAACUUGCUCAUGUGGAUUUGACCGGCGGCUACUACGACGCCGGCGACAACGUAAAAUUCAACUUUCCGAUGGCUUUCACGACGACCAUGCUGUCGUGGGGCGCACUCGAGCACGGGGCGCGUAUGGGGACGCAGCUGGCGAACACACGCGCCGCCAUCCGCUGGGCCACCGACUAUCUUCUGAAGUGCGCCACCGCCACCCCCGGCAAGGUCUACGUCGGCGUCGGCGACCCCAACGUGGACCACAGGUGCUGGGAGCGGCCGGAGGACAUGGACACGGUUCGAACCGUCUACUCGGUCUCCGCCGCCAACCCGGGAUCGGACGUCGCCGGAGAGACCGCCGCCGCGCUCGCCGCCGCCUCCAUGGUUUUCCGGAAGGUUGACCGGAAAUACUCGAAUUUGCUGCUGGCGACGGCGAAGAAGGUGCUGCAGUUUGCCGUUCAGUAUAAAGGGUCUUAUAGCGAUUCGCUUGGUUCUGCCGUUUGCCCAUUUUAUUGCUCUUAUUCUGGAUACAAGGAUGAGUUGGUGUGGGGAGCAGCAUGGCUUCUAAGAGCAACAAAUGAUGUUCAAUACUUCAAUUUGUUGAAGUCAUUGGGAGGUGAUGAUGUGACUGACAUCUUCAGUUGGGACAACAAGUAUGCUGGUGCUCAUGUUCUUUUGUCUAGGCGGGCGUUGUUAAAUAAAGACAAGAAUUUCGAUUCGUACAAACAAGAAGCGGAAGCCUUUAUGUGUCGAAUUUUGCCCAAUUCUCCAUACUCUAGCACGCACUACACUCAAGGGGGAUUGAUGUUCAAGCUGCCAGAAAGUAACCUCCAAUAUGUGACAUCCAUAACGUUUUUACUCGCCACUUAUUCCAAGUACAUGUCCGCCGCCAAACACUCUUUUAACUGCGGCAGCCUCCUUGUCACUCCGGCAUCCCUCAAGAAUCUUGCCAAAAAACAGGUUGAUUAUAUAUUGGGAGAGAACCCAUUAAAGAUGUCAUACAUGGUGGGGUACGGACCACAUUUUCCAAGAAGAAUUCACCAUAGAGGAUCUUCGCUGCCGUCAAAGGCCAGCCACCCUCAGACCAUCGGUUGCGACGGCGGUUUCCAGCCCUUCUUCUAUUCCUACAACCCCAACCCCAACCUCUUGAUCGGCGCCGUCGUCGGCGGCCCCAACCAGAGCGACGGCUUUUCCGACGACCGCUCCGAUUACAGCCACUCUGAGCCUGCCACAUACAUCAACGCCGCCCUCGUCGGUCCCCUCGCCUUUUUCUCCGGCAAAUCCUAAUUCCACGCUCCUCCACCGCCGCCGCCCUCUGUGAAUAUCCCCAAAAGGAGUGGAUGAAAAAUUACUCUUUUUUUUUCCUUUUUUUCUUUUGUCUAAGUAUGGGUAGGUUGUGCCGAAAGUAACUCAGCAAUUGACGUAUAUUUCCAACCAAAAAGUUGUAAGUUCAAUCUUCCACUCCCAUAGAUUAUACUAAAAGAAAUAUCUGUAGAUUCUCUUGUCAUAUCAUACCAUUACUGUCGAAAAAAGCGUAGGUGACCAAAUGAAAUGACAAAUCAAAUUAAGAAUUUUUAAGGGCAUGUUUGGUUGUAAA